AUGGCUGUGUCGACCAUGUUAUCGGUUGGCAAUGACGGAACGAGGAGUGUAGAGAUCUUGAGUUUUGCUCAACAAGUGGUACUCGGACGAUGGUUCGCUCUUUUCGCUUCCUUCCUCGUAAUGACUGGCGCCGGUGGCUUUUAUUUGUUUGCUUAUUUCUCUAAAGACAUUAAAGAAACGCUCAAAUGUGACCAAACUACACUCAACAAGAUUGUUUUUUACAAAGAACUUGGAUCGAACAUCGGCAUUAUCUCUGGCCUUAUGGCCGAGGUCGCUCCGCCUUGGUGCCUUCUCGUUCUCUCCUCCGCCAUUAACUUCAUCGGCUACUUCAAGAUAUGGGAAGGCGUGGCCGGAAGAGUCGUGCAGCCAACCGCUGAGUACUUCUGCUUUUACAUAACAGUUGGGGGAAACUCUCAAAUCCUAGCUAAUACAGUUGUGUUAGUGACUUGCGUGAAGAACUUCCCAGAAAGAAGAGGAGUAAUCUUGGGACUUCUAAAAGGAUUCUUGGGAAUAGGUGGAGCUGUUCUAACCCAAAUUCACUAUGCAAUUUAUGGCCAUGAAACCAAAUCUAUCAUUCUCUUAAUCGCUUGGUUGCCUUCUUUAAUUACUCUUCUUUUUGCUUACACAAUCAGAGAAGUCAGAAUAGUAAAACAUCCAAAUGAAUUUAGAGUCUUCUUUCAAUUUCUCUAUGUUUCUCUCAUUCUUGCCUUCUUUCUUUUCAUCUUAAUCAUCCUUCAAAAAAAAGUUCAUUUCGAUCAUUUAGCCUACACGUUCGUCGUCGUUGCAAUCAUGGGUUUGCUCUUAAUUCCCCUCUUUAUUGCCAUUAGAGAAGAACUUGUUCAAUGGAAUCUUACCAGAAUCACUCGCUUCGUUAAAUCUCAAACAGUCACUAUUCAUAACCGUUUCAUUUCAACUCCCCUUCCUACUCCAAAAACUUCUUUUUUCGAAAACGUUUUUAAUAAACCCGAACGAGGAGAAGAUUACACUUUUCUUCAAGCCAUUUUGAGUAUUGAUAUGUUUAUUUUAUAUUUGACAAUGAUCAUUGGGAUUGGUUCAAGCUUUACAGCCAUUGAUAACCUUGCCCAAAUUGGUGAAUCUCAUGGCUACUCAACUGAAUCCAUCGAUUUAAUCAUUUCCAUUGUUAGUAUUUUCAACUUCUUCGGUCGAAUCUUUUCCGGGUUCGCUUCGGAAAUCUUGUUAGAGAAAUUCAAAUUCCCUAGACCAUUGAUGCUAACUUUCACUCUUUUGAUCUCCUGUAUUGGACAUAUCUUAGUAGCAUUUCCUUUCCAUCAUUCACUCUACAUUGCAUCAGUCAUAAUUGGGUUUUGUUUAGGUUCGCAAAUCCCGUUGUAUUUCGCUAUGAUUUCGGAGAUUUUCGGUCUCAAACAUUACUCUUUGUUGUAUAAUUUUGGGCAACUGUCUUGUCCCGUAGGGAGUUAUGUAUUGAAUGUGUUAGUGGCUGGGAGAUUCUAUGAUGAAGAAGCUAAAAUGGUUGGUAAUAAUUCAAUUGGUUUUACAUGUAAAGGGGAAUUGUGUUAUCGAAAUUCUUUUGCUAUUUUGACUGGGAUGUCAUUGUUGGGAGCUGUGAUUUCAUUGAUUUUGGUGAAGAGAACAAAUGAGUUCUAUAGUGGAGACAUAUACAAGAAAUUUAGAGAAGAUAUGGAUUCAUUGAAGACUGAAGUCGAACUUUAUACGAUUGAUACUAAGAUUGAAAGUGAUAGUGUCAAUGUUGGUAGCCAAAGUACUGAUACCUCCAUGUGA